GGUGCCUAGGAGGCCCGCGGGGAGGGAGCGGCCCUGUCAGACCUACCCUGACAGGAAAACUAAGAAGGAAGCAAUGGCAGUGGAUUUGUCUGCUCAGAGGACAGAGUCUGUGACAUUCAGGGAUGUGGCUGUGCUCUUUAGCCAGGAUGAGUGGUUGCACCUGGACUCUGCCCAGAGAACCUUGUACCGGGAAGUGAUGCUGGAGAACUAUAACAACCUGGCCUCAUUGGGGAUUCCAUUUUCAAUGCCAAAGGUGAUUUGCCAGUUGCAACAAGGAGAGGAUCCUUGCACUGUGGAAGGAGAAGUCCCUUCAGACUCCUGCAUAGGUUUCAAGACCUGGCCUAAAAUAGAAGGAUUGCCUCCCAGACAGGACAUAUUUAUAGAAGAAACAUCUUGGGGAAUAACAAAGAAAGAAUCAACUAAGUAUAGUCAUGGGGACAUCAACUUUGGAGAAGCUGUGGAGUCUGAGAGUAGUAUAGAACAGGAGCAAGAGAGGAAAACUCAUAGGAAAAGAGUAGCCUCACUUGAGAAAACCAUGAGUGGAGAUGGAAACCAUACAAGUCUUGAAUUGGGGGAAAGCUUAUUUACAAAUACAAUUCUUGUUACACAACAAGGUGUUCCUAUAGAAAGUGUACCCACUAUGAAUUAUACUUUUGGGGGAGAUUUUAAACAGAGUUUUAAUCUAAGAAGAUGCCUCCAGAUUUACCCAGGAGAAAAACCUUAUAUCUGUAGUGAAUGUGGGAAAAGCUUCAACCAGAGUCUUUAUCUUAUUGAACAUCAGAGAAUUCAUACUGGUGAGAAACCCUACAAAUGUAAUGAAUGUGAGAAAACCUUCAACCAUAGAUCAUCCCUUCUUUCUCAUCAAAGAAUUCACACUGGAGAGAAACCUUACAAAUGUAACGAGUGUGAAAAAGCAUUUAGCAACAGUUCAACCCUUAUCAAACAUCUAAGAGUACACACUGGAGAGAAGCCCUACCGGUGUAAGGAGUGUGGUAAAGCCUUCAGCCAGUGUUCCACCCUGACUGUACAUCAGAGAAUUCAUACUGGAGAGAAACUCUAUAAAUGUAGUGAAUGUGAGAAGGCCUUCAACUGUAGAGCAAAACUUCAUAGACAUCAAAGAAUCCAUACAGGUGAGAAACCCUAUAAAUGUAAUGAGUGUGGGAAAGGUUACAGCCAGUUUACAUCUCUAGCUGAACAUCAGAAACUUCAUACUGGAGAACAGUUGUGUAAAUGCUUGGAAUGUGGGAGAACCUUCACACGUAUUGCAACUCUUAUUGAACAUCAGAGAAUUCAUACUGGACAAAAACCCUAUCAAUGUAAUGAAUGUAAGAAAACCUUCAACCAGUAUUCAUCUUUUAAUGAACAUCGAAAAAUUCAUACUGGGGAGAAACUUUAUACCUGUGAAGAAUGUGGGAAAGCCUUUGGUUGCAAAUCCAACCUUUAUAGGCAUCAGAGAAUUCAUACUGGAGAGAAACCCUAUCAGUGUAAUCAGUGUGGAAAAGCUUUCAGCCAGUAUUCAUUCCUCACUGAACAUGAGCGAAUCCACACUGGAGAGAAACUCUAUAAAUGUAUGGAAUGUGGGAAAGCAUAUAGUUAUAGAUCAAACCUCUGUAGACAUAAAAAAGUUCACUAUAAAGAAAAGCUCUUUACAUGGAAGGAAUAUGGGAAACCUUUUAUGAACAGCUCCUCUCUUACUCCGUAUCAGAGAUUUCUUAGAGGAGAUAAGCCCUAUGAGGUUUAGUUCAUCUCAAAUAAUCUAAGACUUCCACACGGAGAAUAAUCAGGAAAAUUAUAAAUAGAAUACAAACUUCUAACAAUUUUAAGUCUUUUACUUCUUCUACAGGAAAUAUGUUAGUUACCACUAAGUAAUGGUAAAAUUAAUCAGUGAAAAUAUAAAGAUCCUCAACUUGUCAAGUUUUAAAAGACCCAUAAAUUCUAGGGUUUCUAAAAAUCCACAAAUAAUUUUUUAAUUCAUAGUAAAAUGUAAAAGGUCUUUUUUUAAAUGAUGAAAAAUAAUUGAACAUAAGUUUUGUUUCUCUCCUUAGACCAUAUCCUCUUUAUAAGAGUAAGCUUCAAUACAUAAAUUUUCUCCUGAAAACAGUUAUUGAGUUAAUAAUGUGAAUAAGUAUGGGACCUUGUUUUCUAAAAUGAUAGACUGACAUAGGAAGCUUGCCUUUUCAUAAGGAGAUGCCAAAGAUAAAAAAGAAUUAUUUAAAUUUGACUAUUCACAGGGAAAUAAUAAAGUUCUUUAUAUGAGCUGCCCCAAUAGCAAGUAAUAUACAUAAGUGUACAAAUACAGAAAUGCAUAUGUGAGUGUAUACAUUUAUACACAUAUAAACAUGCAGUUUUGAAAAACAUUUUGUCAA